GUCUCUCUAUUACUGUCACGACUGCGACCCAGAUUAUUCCCUUCACUGCUUGUAUCCCGAAGAAUAAUGUCACAGACGCCCAAGGUCAUCUCCUCGACAGAACUGCCAGCCUCAGAGGCCAAAUGGAUCACCUUAAAGAAGAUAAUCUACCAGGAUGCUAAUGGGAAUGAGCGACUCUGGGAAUGUGCCGAGCGCAAGACGCGCAAAUCAACAGGCAUCGAUGCCGUCGCCAUCUUCGCCCUCAUACGAUCAAAGACAAAUGCAUUUCCGCUGUCGACUGUCGUCAUCGAGCAGUAUAGGCCACCGGUUGACGCGUAUAUUAUCGAGUUGCCUGCAGGGCUUAUAGAUGAAGGAGAGACGCCAGAAUCAGCUGCUAUCCGAGAGCUGGAGGAGGAGACGGGAUUCCUAGCUGACAAAGUCGUAGAAUCAUCGUCUGUGGUUGUUAACGAUCCUGGAAUGACCAAUGCUAACAUGAAGUUGGUCGUUCUGAGUGUUACGUUAGAGGAUGCCAUGGAGCAUCCUGAGGCCAAACUUGAAGCGGGCGAGUUUAUUGUCAAGCGAGUCGUAGCGCUCCACGAGCUCAGUCAGGAGCUUCAAGACUACAGUAAGAAGGGUUUCGUGGUCGAUGCUCGCCUGUCACACUUUGCUGCAGGCUAUAACAUGGCGGAGUGCAUCAAAGCAGGGAAGUUCAACUGAC